GGAGAGGAAAGGGAGUGGAGCGAGAAGACGACAGGAGGAGAUCCACCACAGGGUGACCAAUUUCACCGGACCAUCCUUGGACAACUAUCCUCUACAAAUGGUCCUCCAGCCGGCUGUCUGCUCCGACCCACACCGAAACAGGUUGUUUGCUGCGGUCCUGCCGGGGAACAGAAACAGAAGAUGAUCACGUCCCAGCAGGAGCCGUGGAGAUAGGCCUAGCUGCAGAGGUUGGACUUCUCAUUCACCUCGGUCUCUGAUCACGGGCCCUGGCACAAACAUCUGGAGGUUCGUGAAGCGCCUGGUUGACCUCAUCCAGUCAAUCCCAUUCUGCGGCCCUGCAGUGUGGCCUCUACAAACCCCUCCUCACUACUUCUAAAUAUUGUCCACGGGGAUAAAUGAGUGAACCGGAAGCAAAGGAAAGGGCUGGGACAUGUACCAGAACCCCAACAGAAUGUCCUGGUUCAGUGGUUUCCUAGUCGCAAGAGUGGACGACCGCAAGACUGCGUGGGGGGAGCGCAAUGGCAAGAAGUCAAAACGGAAGGGAGGCUCAUCUCUCUGCAACCCGCGUUACAUGAGCUGUCUGCGGGACCCAGAUGCUAUGGAGCCCCCCUCUGGAGCCCCCCUCCAUCAGCACCACCGUGGAGGGGUGGCGGGGGCCGUGGGAGGCGGGGGCAACUUCGGCGUCCGUUGUGGAUGGCAGGAGGACCACUACGGCAAAAGGGGAGGGGCUCCCGGGGAAGGGGUGGGGCUGAAAUCGGUCGCCUUGGGCUUUGAGGACGGCGAGCUGAAAGGGAGGAAAGGGGGGUGUAACGGAGGGAGCGGGGACAUGGGGGACGACGGUCCUAACGGCGCAGCAGGAGUGGUGACGGCCGCGGACUGCUGGCUCAGGGUGGUGCAGGUGUUCCAGUCGAAAAAAUUCCAGUCCCGCAAACUGGAGCGCCUCUACCAGCGGUACUUCUUCAGGCUGAACCAGAGCUCCUUGACAAUGCUCAUGGGAGUGCUCGUGAUCGUGUGCGGCAUUAUGCUGACCUUCCACUGUGUCCACGCCGCCCCUCACGUGGCCUACUCCUCAGCACUAUCGGUGGCGAUGGCGCUCUUCAUGGCUCUAAUGGUGGUGUGCAAUCGCAACGGCUUCCACCAGGAUUAUAUGUGGAUGGUCAGUUACCUGGUGAUCGGAGUCUUACUGUCCGUACAGGUUUUCGGGGUCCUCAUGGUGGCCCCUAGGAGCGCCUCUGAAGGGAUCUGGUGGUCCGUGUUCUUCAUCUACAUCAUCUACACUCUGCUGCCUGUGAGGAUGAGAGCAGCGGUGCUGAGUGGAGCAGUGCUGUCCAUCAUUCACGUGGUCACCACCUGGCAGAUCAAUCAGGAAGACCACUUCCUCUGGAAACAGGUGAGCGCUAAUGUCCUGAUCUUCCUGUGCACAAACAUCAUUGGUAUCUGCACCCACUACCCCGCUGAGGUUUCCCAGAGACAAGCCUUCCAGGAGACCAGAGGAUACAUCCAGGCCAGACUGCACCUGCAGAGGGAGAACCAGCAGCAGGAACGUCUGUUGCUUUCAGUGUUGCCAAGGCACGUUGCCAUGGAGAUGAAGGCUGACAUCAAUGCCAAGAAGGAAGACAUGAUGUUUCAUAAAAUCUACAUCCAGAAACACGACAACGUCAGUAUUCUGUUUGCAGACAUCGAGGGUUUCACCAGCCUCGCCUCCCAGUGCACGGCUCAGGAGCUGGUCAUGACACUCAAUGAACUCUUUGCACGUUUUGACAAGCUGGCAUCGGAGAAUCACUGUCUACGUAUUAAAAUUUUGGGAGAUUGUUACUACUGUGUGUCGGGGCUGCCUGAGCCCCGGGCGGAUCACGCCCACUGCUGUGUGGAGAUGGGUGUCGACAUGAUUGAGGCGAUCUCGCUGGUGCGGGAGGUGACGGGAGUAAACGUCAACAUGCGUGUGGGGAUUCACAGUGGGCGUGUGCACUGCGGUGUGCUGGGACUCAGGAAGUGGCAGUUUGACGUGUGGUCGAAUGACGUCACGCUGGCCAAUCACAUGGAGGCGGGAGGCAAAGCAGGGCGUAUCCACAUCACUAAAGCCACGCUGCAGUCUAACGGAGACUAUGAGGUGGAGCCAGGUUUUGGAGGCGAGAGGAACGCGUAUCUGAAGGAGAACAGCAUCGAGACCUUCCUGGUCCUCGGCUGCAGCCAGAAACGGAAGGAGGAGAAGGCGGUGAUGGCGAAGAUGCAGCGGACGAGAGCCAACUCUAACGAGGGUCUGAUGCCCCGCUGGGUCCCCGACAGAACCUUCUCCAGGACCAAAGACUCUAAAGUCUUCAGACAAAUGGGGAUUGACGAGAGCUCCAGUAAAGACAACCGUGGUGUUCAGGAGGCCAUGAACCCGGAGGACGAGGUGGAUGAGUUUCUGGGUCGAGCCAUUGACGCUCGCAGCAUCGAUCAGCUGAGAAAAGAUCACGUUAAGAAGUUCCUGCUCACCUUCCAGACAUCCAGCCUGGAGAAAAAGUAUUCCAAGAAGGUGGACGAUCGUUUUGGAGGUUAUGUUGCGUGUUCUCUACUAGUAUUCUGCUUCAUAUCCUUCAUACAGAUCGUCAUCUUUCCACACACCCCGGUCAUGCUGGGAAUCUACAUCAGUAUCUUCGUCAUACUCGCCAACAUCCUGUUCAUCUGUGCCAUAUAUUCGUGCAUCAAGCUCUUUCCAGCUGCAAUGCAGACCGUUUCCAAGAAGAUUGUUCAGUCUCGCACCAACAGCACCCUGGUUGGAGUAUUCACCAUUAUCCUUGUGUUCAUCUCUGCCUUUGUUAAUAUGUUUGCCUGUGACACCAGGAGCUUGGCACAAUGCGUCGCCGAGAAGCUGAACACCUCAGCGGCGCUGGUGACGCCCUGUUUGAUCCGCAGCUUGAAUGUGUCCAUUGAAGGGGGUCUGGAGAUCUGUCCGAGCGAAGGCCCCUCCUGCCCCUUUCCUGAGUAUUUCAGCUACAGUGUGCUGCUGACGCUGCUGGCCUGCUCGGUGUUCCUGCAGAUCAGCAGCAUAGGGAAGCUCGCCCUCAUGCUGCUCAUCCAGCUCACCUUCCUGCUGCUGGUGGAGUGGCCACAAGUAGCACUGUUCGACAACGCAGACCUCUUCGUCACCUCCAAUGCCAUUGAUUUAAAUGAAACUAGUGCUCAAUGGUCCAGUUUCAAUGAAACUACAAACCAGUGCCCAUUUGUUGUGACCAAAGUUUCCCUGAGAGUCAUGACUCCAGUGAUCCUCACAGUCUUUGUCCUGGCGCUGUACCUGCACGCCCAGCAGGUCGAAUCCACCGCACGCCUCGACUUCCUGUGGAAACUACAGGCCACAGAGGAGAAGGAGGAGAUGGAGGAACUGCAAGCUUACAAUCGUCGCCUCCUCCAUAAUAUUCUGCCCAAGGACGUAGCCGCUCACUUUUUGGCGCGCGAGCGGCGUAACGACGAGCUCUACUACCAGUCCUGUGAGUGUGUGGCCGUCAUGUUCGCCUCCAUCAGCAAUUUCUCUGAGUUCUACGUGGAGCUGGAGGCCAACAACGAGGGGGUGGAGUGUCUCCGGCUGCUCAACGAGAUCAUCGCUGACUUUGAUGAGAUCAUCAGUGAAGACAAGUACAGGCAGCUAGAGAAAAUCAAGACCAUCGGCUCCACCUACAUGGCGGCCUCCGGUCUCAACGACUCCACCUAUGACAAGGAGGGCCGAUCACACAUCAUUGCACUGGCCGACUACGCCAUGAGACUGAGGGAGCAGAUGAAGUACAUCAACGAGCAUUCCUUCAACAACUUCCAGAUGAAGAUAGGUCUGAACAUCGGGCCGGUGGUGGCGGGGGUUAUUGGAGCGCGGAAACCUCAAUAUGAUAUCUGGGGAAACACAGUCAAUGUGGCCAGUCGUAUGGACAGCACAGGUGUACCUGACUGCAUACAGGUGACUACAGACCUCUACCAGGUGCUUGCAAACAAAGGGUACGUGCUGGAGUAUCGCGGGGUGGUAAAGGUCAAAGGUAAAGGCGAAAUGACGACCUACUUCCUGAACGAAGGGCCGCCCAACAGUUAGCAGCCGUGGCAGCAGCAGGUGUCGGGAUGAUCCCCACUGCAAGGACACAGCACCACUGAGCGAGGACUCUAAAAAACUAGAGACGCCAUCACUUGAAUCGCAAGUAAAGAGGAAAACAAACUCUAAAGACAUCAAAUGGAAAGGGUUCUUGAUGAGAGGAAAAUGUUCUCGUUUAGCAGCCAUUUUGGCUCGAGAAAUGAUGAAGGACGCGUGUUUUUCUCAUGUCUAGCCUCUCUCUCAGGCUUCUUGAAAGAUGCAAAGUCUGUUUAUUUGAAACAACGCCUUUUAGCCUGUGUCAAAAGAAUAUUACCGCUGUACAUAAGGCUACUUUUUAUUUUACUUUGAGUUUUGUUUUUCAGAUUUGUUUUUAUUUCACAUGACCUUUGAAGAACAGGUACUCAUUUUCUGUUUCUGGAUUAAUUAUUUAUUUUAAUCUUGAUGUUCUGUGCAAAAGGUCCUUUAUGAAAAAGUGUGAAUACAUACGUGCACAAAUAUCCAGUUUAUUACACGUUUAUAAGUGUGUAUGUACAUGCAUAUUUGUGUGUGUAUGAAUAUGUGUAUAAACCGAGGAGAAAUAUAUUGACCAAAGACUAAAGUAUUUACUAAAAGCAAGGCAACACAUGUUUGAUAUGUUCUCGCAAAAGUCAGCAAUGAUCACCGCCUCUGUUUUUUGGGCAGGAGGCCUGAACCCUGUCUUUUUGGCAGCGACGGCUGCUACAUUGUUUUCAUAAAGUAUAUCAAAUUUAUUUAUUUUGUCAUUCAGGCAGCAGAUCAAUUUAACUCUAAAUUAUAAUGUUGCCCUCACAACCUCUCAACAAAAUGACUAAAGACGACUAAGGAUGUGAGUAGAAGGUGAUAUCUGAAAUCUAUAUUUUUAUCUCUGAGGAGUAAAAGUAGGAUCCUCUUCAUCCUCAUUUCAUGUCGGAUUGGUUUCUUAGAGCUUGAGCAGCCAGUGUGCCGCUGGUUUCAGCCGUUACAGUAUAUAUCGUCAUCGACUGCUCCUUCCCUUUCAGAGAAGUAUUUUUUUGGUGCAAAUGGAAAUGAAGGAAUUUAGAUCCAGAGCCAUCAGAGGGGGAAGCCUCAGGUUUCAAUGCAGUGGUACCACACAGACUGAUUCUUCCAUGAAGAAGAAAUAAAUGAAGGAAAGAAAUAUAUAUUGAUUUUGACUGAAUACUGUGCUUUGUAAUCCUGAAGGGGCAUAACUAUUUUCACUGUGAGGUUUUUAUGAUACGACAAAAACUGCUUUCUUGCCAAACAUAACCGCUUUGAAGCAUGUCUGAUUGUGGUAUCUUGUUUUCAUUUUGGUUUGUUUUAAAUGUAGGGUAUUUUGUAUCACUUCUGUAUCCAUCAUUUGUAUAUUCUUCUUAUUAUUCUUCUUCUUAUGAUGAUUAUGAUUAUGAUUAGUAUGCUUAUAAUGAUGAUUCCAUUCCAAUGAAAAGGAUCAAAGACCAGCACGCUUUCUUGUAAAAUGCCAGUUGUUAAAGCUCAAGCUCACUGGUACCAACUGAUCAACUGCAGCCAAUGAAUUCUGCUUUUCAACCCUAAAUGUACAAUACAGUAUUUCAUGUAUAGUAAGUAAUAACCAUUAGCUGCCUUUGCAGCAGAACCCGAGGGGUGUAUGCUCACAUAAGCAUAGCAGUAAACACACAUAUACAGAUGAUUCACUGUGCUUUUUUAAUUUAUUUAUGCCACUACUGCAGUAUUGUAAAUCUCAGUCAGGCUUUAGGUGACCUCUCCCUCCCACACAUUCACUUCUCAGUAACAUAUGAUAUCCCUGGUGUUAGACUGUGUGAAGAGGACAGCAGCAUUAAUAAACCUAAACAUAUAUUUCUGUAUCCUGCCCACAAUCUGUAGAAGUACUAAUAGCUGAGUUUGAUUGCCUUAAGUUAAUGUAAAACAAAUCAUAGAAUAACUCUGAAAGGGAACAGUGCCUGCCUGGACUGCUGAUGAUUGGACGGAGAGAUGGAUAAAGGGCUUGUUGAGAAUAAUUUCCGGUAAACUUUCUCAUCAAUAAAAACGAUCUUGGUUUCUCCAACUUCAGCUUUUUGUAAUUGGGAGAAUCGGACCUGAUUUAGCUCUUCCGCCACACUCAACACUGGCAACCAACAGUUGAUCAUGUUUGUACCAAAGCCAGCUCACGCAGCCUUGUGCUAUCAGUCCCCUCCUGUGCAAUGAUAUUUGGCCUCGGUGCCGUGGUGGGAGCACCAGAGGACGAAAUGUAAUGGCGAUCACCAACGAUCAAGUGAACUGUGACCAAUGAAGAGUGAUUCAUACAAGCAGAGAUUAUAGAACGGACAUGAGUUUUCAAAAUGUGCAUUGUAUGUAUUCUAUUUCUAUUGGCUGUCCAUAGACUUGUGUUGAUUGUUAACUCUUGGGAUGUUUUUGGGGGGGGACAGGGGAGGAAGGUUGUCCCCCAUACUACUGAAACAGUGUUUUUGCUCAGGCCUGAUGAAUCCUUCCGUAUGUUUUUGUUUUUAUUUGUAUUUUCCCUGAGUUGGAGGAGUUGAAAGGGGAGUGUUUUUGCAAAACUGAAGGACAAGAGGAGUUGAGGACUAUGACAAAGAGAAAAAUUAACAUUUCCCCUUGAAGAAAAAACAAUUAAAAAAAAUCAAUGGCU